AUGGCGUCCACUGUGACUUUAGAAGACGCUCUCUCCAACGUGGACCUCCUGGAGGAGCUGCCUCUCCCAGACCAGCAGCCGUGCAUCGAGCCCCUCCCCUCCUCUGUGGUCUAUCAGCCCAACUUCAACACCAACUUCGAGGACAGAAAUGCGUUCGUCACCGGCAUCGCCAGAUACAUCGAGCAGGCUACCGUCCACUCCAGCAUGAACGACAUGCUGGAGGAGGGGCAGGAGUACGCCGUCAUGCUCUACACCUGGAGGAGCUGCUCCCGUGCCAUCCCACAGGUGAAGUGCAAUGAGCAGCCAAACAGAGUGGAGAUCUAUGAGAAGACGGUGGAGGUCCUGGAGCCAGAGGUCACCAAGCUGAUGAACUUCAUGUGCUUCCAGCGCACAGCAAUCGAUCGUUUCUGUGGGGAGGUCCGUCGCCUGUGCCACGCCGAGCGCAGGAAGGACUUUGUUUCUGAGGCCUACCUGCUGACUCUGGGACGAUUCAUCAACAUGUUCGCUGUGCUGGACGAGCUGAAGAACAUGAAGUGCAGCGUCAAGAACGACCACUCUGCAUAUAAAAGAGCUGCUCAGUUCCUCAGAAAGAUGUCUGAGCCAUCAUCCAUUCAGGAGUCACAGAACCUGUCCAUGUUCCUGGCGAACCACAACAAAAUCACUCAGUCGUUGCAGCAGCAGCUGGAAGUGAUUCACGGGUACGAAGAGCUGCUGGCGGACAUCGUGAACCUCUGUGCCGAUUACUAUGAGAACAAGCUUUAUCUGACGCCCGGCGAGAAGCACAUGCUGCUCAAAGUUAUGGGCUUUGGCCUGUACCUCAUGGAUGGAAACAGCAGCAACAUCUACAAGCUGGAUGCCAAGAAGAGAAUUAACCUCACAAAGAUUGAUAAGUUUUUUAAGCAACUCCAGGUGGUCCCGCUGUUUGGCGACAUGCAGAUCGAGUUGUCCCGAUACAUCAAGACCAGUGCUCACUUUGAGGAGAACAAAUCCAGGUGGACCUGCACCUCCGUAUCCAGCAGCCCUCAGUACAACAUCUGUGAGCAGAUGAUUCAAAUCAGGGACGACCACAUGCGCUUCAUCUCUGAGCUUGCACGCUACAGCAACAGUGAGGUGGUGACCGGAUCAGGGCGGCAGGAGGCCCAAAAGACGGAUACGGAGUACAGGAAGCUGUUUGACCUGGCCCUGCAGGGCAUGCAGCUGCUCUCCCAGUGGAGCGCUCACGUCAUGGAAGUGUACUCCUGGAAGCUGGUCCAUCCAACUGACAGAUUCUCCAACAAGGAGUUCCCUGAAAGCGCAGAGGAGUAUGAGAGAGCCACCCGCUACAACUACACGAGCGAGGAGAAGUUCGCCCUGGUGGAGGUGAUGGCCAUGAUCAAAGGCCUGCAGGUGCUGAUGGGACGCAUGGAGAGCGUGUUCAACCACGCCAUCCGUCACACCAUCUAUUCCGCGCUGCAGGACUUUGCUCAAAUCACCCUGCGGGAUCCACUGAGGCAGGCCAUCAAGAAGAAGAAGAACGUCAUCCAGAGCGUCCUCCAGGCCAUCCGCAAGACAGUCUGCGACUGGGAAACGGGCCGCGAGCCUCACAACGACCCGGCUUUGCGGGGAGAAAAGGACCCAAAGGGAGGCUUUGACAUCAAGGUUCCUCGCCGAGCUGUGGGGCCCUCCAGCACUCAGCUGUACAUGGUGAGGACCAUGCUGGAGUCUCUCAUCGCAGACAAGAGCGGCUCCAAGAAGACUCUGCGCAGCAGCCUGGAAGGCCCCACCAUCCUGGACAUCGAGAAGUUCCACCGCGAGUCUUUCUUUUACACUCACCUCCUAAACUUCAGCGAGACCUUGCAGCAGUGCUGUGACCUCUCCCAGCUUUGGUUCAGAGAGUUCUUCCUGGAACUCACCAUGGGCCGCAGGAUUCAGUUCCCCAUUGAGAUGUCCAUGCCGUGGAUCCUCACCGACCACAUCCUGGAUACCAAGGAGGCUUCCAUGAUGGAGUAUGUGCUGUAUCCUCUGGAUCUGUACAAUGACAGUGCUCACUACGCCCUGACCAAAUUCAAGAAGCAGUUCCUGUAUGAUGAGAUCGAGGCUGAGGUCAACCUGUGCUUCGAUCAGUUUGUCUACAAGCUGGCUGAUCAGAUAUUUGCCUACUACAAGAUCCUGGCAGGAAGUCUCCUGCUGGACAAACGACUGAGGACUGACUGUAAGAACCAGGGCACCAACAUUCCCUGGCCCAGCUCCAACCGCUACGAGACUCUGCUGAAGCAGCGCCACGUCCAGCUCCUGGGACGCUCCAUCGAUCUGAACCGCCUCAUCACUCAGAGGGUUUCCUCUGCGCUCUACAAAUCCAUGGAGCUGGCCAUCAAUCGCUUCGAGAGCGAGGACCUCUCCUCCAUAAUGGAACUGGAAGGUCUUCUGGAGGUCAACCGCAUGACACACAAGCUCCUCAGCAAGUUCCUGACUCUGGACAGCUUCGACGCCAUGUUCCGCGAGGCCAACCACAACGUGUCGGCCCCUUACGGCAGGAUAACGCUGCACGUCUUCUGGGAGCUCAACUACGACUUCCUGCCCAACUACUGCUACAACGGUUCCACCAACAGGUUUGUGCGCACCGAGCUGACGUUCUCGCAGGAAAUCCAGCGGGAGAAGCCUUCUAAUGCCCAGCCUCAGUAUCUGCACGGGUCAAAGACACUAAACAUGGCGUACAGCAGCAUCUUCAGCUCCUACAGAAACUUCCUGGGACCUUCGCACAUUAAGGUCAUGUGCAGACUGCUGGGCUACCAGGGCAUCGCUGUGGUGAUGGAGGAACUGCUGAAGGUGGUUAAAAGCCUGCUUCAAGGCACCAUCCUUCAGUAUGUGAAGACCUUGAUGGAAGUGAUGCCCAAGAUCUGCAGGCUUCCACGGCAUGAGUACGGCUCCCCCGGUAUCCUGGAGUUCUUUCACCACCAGCUGAAGGACAUCGUUGAGUAUGCCGAGCUGAAGACGGUGUGCUUCCAGAACCUGAGGGAGGUGGGAAACGCCCUCCUGUUCUGCCUGCUGUGUGAGCAGAGCCUGUCUCAGGAAGAAGUCUGUGAUUUGCUGCAUGCUGCACCUUUCCAGAACAUUCUUCCACGAGUCCACGUCAAAGAAGGGGAACGGCUGGAGGCUAAGAUGAAACGCCUGGAAACCAAAUACACGGCUCUGCACAUGGUUCCACUUAUAGAGCGGCUUGGGACUCCACAGCAAAUAGCCAUCGCUCGUGAGGGCGACCUGCUCACCAAGGAGAGGCUUUGCUGCGGCUUGUCCAUGUUCGAAGUCAUCCUGACUCGUGUACGAGGCUUCCUGGACGACCCCAUCUGGCGUGGGCCUUUGCCCACCAAUGGUGUGAUGCACGUAGACGAGUGUGUGGAGUUCCACCGUCUCUGGAGCGCCAUGCAGUUUGUGUACUGCAUCCCUGUGGGAGCCAACGAGUUCACCGUGGAACGGUGCUUCGGUGACGGCCUCCACUGGGCCGGCUGCAUGAUCAUUGCCCUGCUGGGCCAGCAGAGGCGCUUUGACAUCCUCGACUUCAGCUACCACCUUCUCAAGGUGCAGAAGCACGACGGCAAAGACGAGAUCAUCAAGAGUGUGCCUCUAAAGAAAAUGGUUGACCGAAUCCGCAAGUUCCAAGUCCUCAACAACGAGAUCUUUGGGAUCCUGAACAAGUACAUGAAGUCUGGAGACGGAGAGAACAUGCCGGUGGAACACGUCCGAUGCUUCCAGCCGCCCAUACACCAGUCGCUGGCCAGCAGCUGAGCACGCCAAACGUGGAACUCUUCUGGUUUUCCAUCGGGACCCGCUCAUCUUAAGAAGAUGGCCCAAUUUUUUCUGUCAGAAUUUAUAUAUUUUUUUUGUAUUCACACGUGCCUUACCUGAAAAGAAUAUAUCCUGCCACUUUGGGAUGAACUGUUCCGUUUUAUACUUGCAGAACGCUACAGGUCGGGGAGGGAAAGGGUUUUAUGGGAGGGGUAUUUAAGGGUUUGCAGUGGUGCAGCUUUAACUUGUUUUAAGAGUUUGGGUGGAAGUUUUCAUUCCAGAUGUUAGACAUGCAUGCAGAACAUUUUAAACUGAGAAGGGGAAAACUCACACUUGUUAAACUUUUGCCUUGUGUUGAUGUUUUCAUUCAAUAAAUGUUAAGAAUCUG